ACGCCCUCGGGUCCCCGCCGAGACGAGUCGCCCGCGACGCCCCGGAGCCGCCAUGGGCCCCCCCGCGCCCCCCCGCGCCCCCCUCGGCCUCCUGCUGCUCCUCGGCCUGGCGGCUGCUCAGAAAGACUGCAGCUCCUACCCGCUGGGCCCGGGGCCAAUCGCAGCGGUCGUCCUGGCCGACCUCAUCAUGACGCUGCUCAUCGCGGGCGGAGCCUAUUGCCUGGCGGGGCGGAGCCAUCAGGCUCCGAAGAAGCCCCGCCCACCCGAGACGGAAUCGACCUAUCAGGAGCUGCGCGGCGCCCGCGGCGACGUCUACAGCGACCUGCGCGGAGCGGCGGGCGCCGCGCGAUGACGUCACCGGGCCGCGCCGCCUCCCGCCAAUAAACGGCCGCUUCCGCCCG